AUGUUUCCCCAGGCCUCCCCGGCUUGGGACGACGAAGGUCACAGUGAUCCUCCGUCCACUCGCUCCUCCAACGAUCCUCCUGAGCAUAUGGCUCACAUUCGUUCUCGUUCUACGGCCCACGCUCAUUCUCCGAAGCGUUUAUCAGUCUUCAGUGGCCGCUCCAGAAGCAACACAACUACCUCUACUUCCUCGCGUCUUUCCCCCGGUUCCUCUAUGACUUCAGUCGAUAGCUCAGUGCCCUCUCAGGACGAACGCACUUCUUCCUCUUUGGGCAUGCGCGAGAAGCCAGACCGCUCUUCUCGAUCAUUUCUCGCUCGCGGGAGCCGCAUUCUUCGCCGUCAAGGUAGCAAGAUCAAUAUCGUCGCCACGCUGGACGAGGAAGACGAGAUGGAUAAGUCCUCCCGAGCAGAUGGAACUGGCAAUGGAAAUGCCAAUGGUGGUAUGUUUGGACGUCGUGCCAGACAUCAGGAGAACCAGGACCGCCUGAAAAGCAUCAUUUCCGACCCCUUCGAUUUCCAUCAUCUCACCCAUACUAGCCCCGCACAAUUCCAAUCCAUCGACCAGACCCGCGAAAAUGAUCUUGUCACCGAGUUCUCCGUCAUUCGCGCCUCUCAGCGACCUGAGGCCGUCUUGAAAGGCAUUCGCGCCGACGACAUUCACUUCCAAAAUUUCUCCGCUGAUGAUCUGCCAUUGCGGGCUCUUGGUACCGCGACCACCGUUCGCCCGUCGCCGGGGGGUUCGAGCCCCAAGGGUCAUACUCGACAGGGAUCUCGUGCCCAUGAGAACUUCUCGCGACCUGUGUCGAGAUAUCCUCGUUCUUGCCCCACCACCCCACCACCUCCAAUGGCCCCCGAGGUUCCCCUCGAAGGGGAGCCUGCGCCUCGUGCCAUUGACGAGAUCCUCGGACUUUCGUCGCAAAAGACGUACCCUGAAUAUAUUGAAUCAAGCUCGGCGACACAGCGCCGCUUCAGCGCCGAUCCAGCCGAGACCAUGACAAUGCGAACCGGGACCUCCUCUAUGAGCAGCCAUAGCCACUAUGAUUUGGAAGAUGUGCCAGAAGAGGAGGAAGCCACUCGCAUGUGGGACAGCCCCCCAGCGAGUAUUGGAUAUGGUCGCUCUCGUUCGACCUCUCAAGUUAGCCCGGGCACUAUCGUGGAGCCCUCUGGUGUCCCCGUUCCCAAGGGACCUCCCAAUGGCCUGUCAAUCUUUGUGGCCGAGCAGCUCUCGAGGAAAUUCUCCGAAGCGUUGGGCUCACCAACCCUGCCACAAAACAUGCCUAAUGCCUCGCCCAAGGAAGAAGCCGAAUUUGACGCAACACCUCCGUCAGUUCACAGUGUGCGUCAGUUUUCUGUCGAAGACGAGCUAUAUGAUUCAUGGGAUGCAGACAUCGACUACUGCUACGAGCAUGCGGCCGAGUCCACCUCCAACUUUGACUGGUCGCGCACUUCUCUGGAUGAGCAGCGGCCCCAAAUCGGAAUUGCCUGCAGUGACGAGAGUUGGGGUCUUUCUGCGCCCAAGCAGCGACACCUGCAGCCCAGUCCACUGAGCACCUCCACCCUCCCCACACCAGACCUGGACCCCAGUCCAGCUCGGUCGACAGCAGCCCACUCGGCAGCCACGCCAUCUACAACCGACUACGAACGGGAUUUUGUGGUGCGCAGCGCGGGGGACUACUUCCAACCUGUCAGUUCGUCGAUCCUGCCAUCUGCACUGGGCAAGCAGAUCAACCAGGAGACACUGUACGAGGAGUACCUGACCACUGAUGCCGAGUCCGACCGGCAUUACCCCUUCGUUGCGCAGGGCAUGAUGUCCGAGAACAACCCGGUCUCCCCUCGUAGCAGCUUUUCCCCCAUCAGCAAGUGCAACUCGCAAGAAAGCUUGAUGCUCUCACGCGCCGCUUCCAUCGCCCGGAAACACCGCUCCUCUGUCUCAACGGCGAGCGUCCCCGAGCUGAUCUACAGCCUCUCCAACAGCCGUGAGCUCAUGCCAACAGACCGUCUGACAGCUGCCGAGGCCCUGGCUGCAGGCUCAAUCAGCCGCCCGCCUUCUUCCUCUCAGCACCGCCAGACCAAGAGUCUUGAGACAUCCUUCAUGUUCCAGCGCUGUGGUAGCAGCACCAGCCUGGUCAGUGCAGACUCAGCAACCGCCCCUUCUACUCUCAUCCAUGACCGUGCCAAGUCCGUCUCCGAAGUAGACUCGCGUCACAAGGCCGAACCGCCUCUUCCUCCUCUCCCGCCCAUGAACCCUAACCGGAAAAAGUCCCGGAACCCUUCUUACUCUCUCUUCCCCACCGCUGCAUAA